GGCGGGCCGAGCGGGCCAAGCCCGCGUGGGGAGCACCCGCCGGCCGCAUGGCCGCCAUCAAAGCGCUGCAGCAGUGGUGCCGGCAGCAGUGCGAGGGGUACCGCGACGUGAACAUCACCAACAUGACCACGUCGUUCCGCGACGGCCUGGCCUUCUGCGCCAUCCUGCACCGCCACAGACCUGACCUCAUAAACUUCAGUGCCCUCCGGAAGGAGAACAUAUAUGAGAACAACAAACUGGCCUUCCGUGUGGCUGAGGAGCAGCUGGGUAUCCCAGCCUUGCUGGACGCUGAGGACAUGGUGGCCCUGAAAGUGCCUGACCGGCUGAGCAUCCUGACCUACGUGUCCCAGUACUACAACUAUUUCCACGGCCGCUCCCCCAUUGGGGGCAUGGCUGGGGUGAAGAGGCCCUCGUCAGACUCCGAAGAGGAACCUUCUGGGAAGGCCCCAUGCCAGCCGGCCAAGCUGCCCGCGCACGCCCCAGCCCGGGGGCCACCACUCUCUCCUGCUAGGACGAACCCCGUGGUCCAGAGGAAGGACAGGGGCUCCGAGGCCCCGUCCCCGAAGACUGGCCCCGCGGCGGCAGGGAGCUCGGUCAGCAGCACCUGUGGGGUCUGCGGCAAGCACGUGCACCUGGUGCAGCGGCACCUGGCUGACGGGCGGCUGUACCACCGCAGCUGCUUCAGGUGCCAGCAGUGUUCCAACACACUGCACUCAGGGGCCUACCGAGCCACAGGGGAGCCGGGCGUCUUCGUCUGUACCAGCCACCUCCCCAGAGCCGCCUCUGCACAGCCCACGUUGCCAGGCCCAACCUCCAGACAAACGGGGGCCGUCCCUGGGCCCGCCUGGCCCCCCAGUGCCCCACAGAAGGCCCAGGAGACAAAUGGGCUGAGAGAGGCAGCCCCAAAGGCCAGGCCAGUGGCCCAGGGGCCUGUAAUAGGCAAUGCGACUGCCAAAGGUUUUGUUCCCGCUGCACGGGACCCUCCAGCCACCUCCGCUCCCAUCCAUGGGAGGAGCCCAGCGGGGCCCAGGCUGUCCACGAGCCGAGUGACCUCCUCUGUGGACGGCAAAGUCAGCACAUGUGUGACCAACAGCUCCCCAGUGGGGUGGUCGUCUCCUGCUCAGGGUGCAGUGGCAGCCAGCUCGCGUCCUACUGUGUCCCCAAGUGCCCCGGACCUUCGUCCUGCCACACCGCAAGGCCGGGGAAGCCCCCAAGUGGCAUCAGCCCAGACCAAGCUGCUUUCGAGCUCAGGGUCCCCAGGCACAGUGGACGCUCCAGCCUGGACCCCCUCGGCCUCCAGGACCCAGCAGGCCCGGGAGAAGUUCCUCCAGACGCCAGUGUCCCCCAGCAGUGGCUCAGCAAGCAAGGGCCCCGCUGCAGCAGAUGCCUCUCCCUGGGACAGCUGCAGAGAGCAGGCCCUGAGCUUCCUCAGGAAGGCCCUCCCGGGGCUGGAGCAGGCUGGCACCCAGGCACCCAGCAGGCCGUCCCCAGUCACCACUCCUGCCUGCAAUCCCCAUCCCCAAACUGAAGGGCCACAAGCGAUUCCCGCAGCCCGAGCCUCACAUUCAGCGGCUCCCCAGGCUCGUAGCCCCCCUUCAAGGACGGAGCUGCCUCCCCCACUGAGUGUGGGCAGCACGUCAAGGCCAUCGCCCCAGGCUGGCAGAAGGAACUUGACCGUAUCCUCUGGGGUCAGCUGGACAAGUGCUGUCUCUAGGCCGAAGCUGGAGGCCCCACCUGCAAAGGGCCCAGGUGCCAGCCCCCAGGAAGGCCAGGAGGACAGGCCAGAAGAAUGGAGGGCCCGCCUGAAGCCUGUGGACAAGAAGACCCCCGCUAGCAGGUCUUUGGAUCUGAGGGAGCCGCGGAUCCCGACAGAGCUGAGGGUGGGAGAGGCCCUCAGGAAGGUCUCAGGCGACUCCACUGGGGGUGUCUGCAUCACCCUGACCCCUGUGCGGCCUGAGGGGACACCAAGACCAGUCAGCCCCAGGUCUGGCAUCUCAGCCCCUCCCCCCUCCCCCACCCUCGUCCACCGCAGGAGACUGGCCAUCCCUGCCAAUCUUGAUGUUUCUGCUGACUGGCUGCAGUCAGAGCCCUCUGGGCAGGAAGCCCUGGCCGGGAGCUGGAAGGAGGAGAAGCCCCAUCCUGGGGGCAAACCAGGGAGGCCCUUGGGCCCGGCCGGUGUGCCCACUCAGCCCGGCAAGAAGGUGACCUCCCCCGUCAGGCUGCACCCUGACUACAUCCCCCAAGAGGAGAUCCAGAGGCAGGUGCAGGACAUCGAGAGGCAGCUGGACAUCCUGGAGCUCAGGGGCGUGGAGCUGGAACAGCGUCUGCGGGCAGCAGAGGGAGAUGACACGGAGGACGGCCUCAUGGUGGACUGGUUCCAGCUCAUCCACGAGAAGCAGCUGCUGCUGAGGCUGGAGUCGGAGCUGAUGUACAAGUCCAAGGACCAGCGCCUGGAGGAGCAGCAGCUGGACCUCGAGGGUGAACUGCGACGGCUGAUGGCCAAGCCCGAGGCUCUGAAGUCACCCCAGGACCAGCAGCGGGAGCAGGAGCUGCUGAGCCAGUAUGUGAACACGGUGAAUGACCGCAGUGACAUCGUGGACUUCCUCGACGAGGACCGGCUCCGGGAGCAAGAGGAAGACCAGAUGCUACAGAACAUGAUCCAGAAGCUGGGUACCUCAGGUCUCCAGAGGAAAAAGUCCAAGUUCCGCUUUCCUAAGAUCUGGUCCCCUAAGAGCAAGACUGGUCACCCCGAGUGAGCUGCCCAGCAGGGGCUGCAAGAGCCUCCCUGGACCUUGGCCCGGACCUUGCAUCUAGGCUGGAGGAGGGACUGACCGGAGGGGCACUCUGGCCACAGGGCCUGUGCCUCCCUUUCCUCGUGCCUUCAAAAAAGAAACUAGAUGGGUGCAGUGGCGCACGCCUGUCAUCCCAGAGACAUGGGAGGCUGAGGCAGGAGGAUCACAAG